CAGGCGCGUUCCCACGCCCCCUCCGCGGCGUUCCGGGAUGGAGCGGGCACCGGGAGCGGCACCGGGAACGGCACCGGGAGCGGCACCGGGAACGGGACCGGGAACGGCACCGGCAGCGGCACCGGGAACGGCACCGGGAGUGGGACCGGGAACGGCACCUGCAGCGGCACCAGGACCGGGAGCGGGACCAGGACCGGGAACGGCACCGGCAGCGGCACCGGGAGCGUCACCGGGAGCGGGGCGCUGGGCCGCCACGGCCUGCGUGAUCACCGGCGCUUCCCGCGGCUUCGGGCGCAGCCUGGCGCGGCUGCUGGCGCCGCAGCUCGGGCCCGGCUCGGCGCUGCUGCUGCUGGCGCGAUCCGCGGCCGCGCUGGCCGAGCUGGCGGCGGAGCUGCGCGCCGGGGCCACCGGGAGUGACACCGGGAGUGACACCGGGAGCGACACCGGCAGCAGCGAGCUGCGGGUGCUGUGCGUGGCCGCUGACCUGGGCUGCCAGGAGGGGCUGCGGAGGGCGGGCGCUGCCCUGCGGGAGCUGCUGCAGGACGCGUCCUUCGGCCGCCUGCUCCUGGUCAACAACGCCGGCUCCUUGGGAGACGUCUCCAAAUCCUUCCUGGACCUCACCGACCUGGAGGAGAUCAACACCUACUUCUCCUUCAACGUCAGCUCGGCGCUCUGCCUGACCUCCACGGCCCUGAGGGCCUUCGGGGCGCGGGCUGGCAGUAGCAGGAGCGUGGUGAACGUCUCGUCGCUGUGUGCCCGGGAGCCCUUCCCCAGCUGGGCUCUGUACUGCGCGGGCAAGGCGGCCCGGGAGAUGCUGUUCCGUGUGCUGGCACGGGAGGAGCCCGCGCUGCGUGUGCUGAGCUACGCCCCGGGUGAGCAGAGAGCGCCCUGA